AUGAAUAGCGAAAGGCAGGUUCGCAAUUGGUUUGACGACCCUCACGACAUGCAGACGACGACGGCCUCCACUUCCGGCCUCCAUUCGCAUCCUCCACCAACAGAAGUUCCCUCCCCUCUUCGCAGUCACUUCCAAAUCGUUAACCUCUGGCAUCGCAUGCAGAUGUAG